GAGGAGGGCGUCCCAACAGUAUCACAUGUUCAGGCAGAGUCACACUGUCGGCAGUGUUUUGACUGAACAGCAGGAGGAGAAACAGGAAGUACAGAGGAACACAACACAGACCAGGCCAGAUCAUAAGCACACGGUACACAAAAGACCAGUCUCUCACUAAAGGUAAGCCUCUCGAGCUUGUGUUCUUUAUCAGCUUUCACAUAAUCAAAAGCAGACAUCAGUUGUUUCUUGGUAUGCCACGCUGCUAGAGGAAGCGAAGCACUUACAGUAUUGCUGUUAAGCUGUCAGUUGAAAUGUGGCAGUUAAAGUGCAAGGAAUGUGAAAUGUGUGUUUGUGGGGCCCUUCCUCUGCUGAGUCAUCUGAACAGAGUUAACCCCUUCAUUUCCACUCUUAUUUCCCCACUGGUGCUCUUCCGUGUGCAUAUUUGAAGACAAUUUUUAGUCUACGGCACCAUACAUUAUGUUCUGUUCCCUUUCAAGCUGCAGACUAUGGAGGGAAGUACGGCACAAGAUCAAAUUCACCAGGAAGAGAAAGACAGGUCUGGAAGCAGUGAAGGAGGGCAGACGGAUCUGAAGGAGAGAGAGUUGAGACUGGUGCUGCUCGGCUCAGCGGGUGCUGGGAAAAGCAGUGUGGUCAAUGCCAUCCUGGGCGGCCCGACAUCUGAGUCUGACAGUCCCGGCCCUGAGACACCAGCCACCGACUGUCAGAAGAGACGUGUGACGCUGGCAGGACGACAGGUGGCUGUCGUGGACACACCUGACUGCCUGUGCAUCGAGCGUCCCGCAGACGACGUCCGCCGCCAGUUUUCGCUCUGCGCAGCUUUAUCAGCCCCGGGGCCCCACGCUUUCCUGCUCUGUGUCCCUGUCCACCGGCCCAGCAACCUGGAGCUACAGAUUUUGGAGACCAUUGAGAAGGUGUUUGGCCCCGAGGCGGUCAGUAAACACGCAAUGGUGCUCUUCACUCGCAUGGACCGACUGCCUGAGGAUGUUUCUCUGGACGAGUAUCUCGAAACAGAGCGGCCCGACUUGCUAGAGCUUGUGCAAAAGUGCAAGGAACGACAUCACCCGCUGCUGCCGGGAUCCAGCGUGGAGGAGCUGUUCAUGAAGGUGGAGAAGAUGGUGGAAGAAAUCGGGACACGCUUCUACACCUGCCCUCUGUUGCAGGAGGCAGAGAGGAGAGUGAAAGAGAAGGAGGAGGAGAUCUUGAGAAGCAGAAGAGGAGAAGGAGAGGAUGACUCGGAGGGAAUAAGGGCCGAAGCAGAGAAAAGUGUGACCGAUUUGAAGGUUGAGGGAAUCGCAGAGCUCUGCGUCUCCACGCCUGACACCUCGUUCUUACGCUGGGUGUGGGCCAGUGUGGUCGAGUGGCUCCUGUGGCUCCCGAAUAUGGUGAGGGGCAGUACUUUACUGGGGUCGAUCGUGGGGUUGUUCGUUGGGGGGCCCUUAGGAGGGGCCAUGGGAGCAACGGUGGGCUCUGUGGCGACGGAGGUGGGUAGACGGAAACAAAAAACCAAGUGAGUACUUGGAAAUUUGGUAACAGUUUAUCAACAGAAACAUUAAACAACAGAUCAGUUGUUCUUGAACAUUGAAAUAGGAAUAUAUAGUCAGCUACAGAAGUCAUUAUAAACGCUAAUAAUGUUUUUCUUUUAAAUACAUGCUUUUUUUCCCAUUACAAAUUGUAUUAUUAAA